AUGAAAAUUUUAAAAUUUUUGACCUUAUCGUUGGUUGUCUUUGGUGUGCGAAAUGGGAUAACUCAAGACCUUGAGGAAAUAACGGAGAAAAGUCUAAGGUCCCUUAAUAAAGAUUUACGCCCUGAAAAUAGAAAGCUGUUUCUGUCAUUUCUGGGAAAUAUCUUCAAACCUAUAAUUCGGGGUAUUGCGAAUGUGGUAUCUCCUCCCGACCCUCCUCCACCGCCGCCUCCGCCACAACCUCAGAUUAUUUAUCAGACAGUACCACCAAAACCAGAACCUAACAAAGAAGUUAAAAAGGAAGAACCUAAAAAGGAAGAGUCUAAAAACACAGAAGUGAAGCCAGAAAAGGAUAAAAAAGCAGAAAAGGACGAACAUCAAGACGAGGAGGAGGAUGACGGAGAUGAAGACGAAGAAUAG